ACCACUGGUGCUUGUGUGUGUUCUGACGUCUCCGCCCAACCGUCGUCUGUCUCGAUUGCGGCACGGUUUAGCUUGUAUGCACAAAUCGAUACGUACAUGGCUUUCUUUCUCUCUUUUUGCCCCAUGCGGCCACCGCCCUGGAGGCUAAUGCCGAGAGAGGGCCGCGCCUCUUGGGGCUGCAGCCCGCGCAGAUGGGCAGCGGUUUGUCGUCUGUUUCCAAUUCUUACCCGUCAUGUACGUACCGCCAAACCUUGAAUGAGCAAGGCAAGGUACGGUGCCGAGUGGGGGAUACCAAUCAUGACAGCAGCUGGGGGGACUCUCGUGGUCGGAGUCGGACGAGACAGCCGGAACAAGCCUUUCUUGUCUUGAGGAUCGUGGCCGCACUUGGUUGUGUCAACGACGUAUGUUUGAUGGCGAAAUGCCACUGUCGUCGUCGAUUCAAGCGUUCAUCGCCUUUGUACUCCUUCCAUCCUGCGCCCUCUCCCCUCUACCAAGCUCUCGUCUGUCUGCCCGGAAAGGUCAUCUCUUAUGUGUACGUGGCAUUGCCCAUCAAGGGGCCUUCCCUGGCGGGAACCGCUGGUUGCGAGGCGCCAUGGGUGGGUGUGGACAAGGAUGUGAUGGCUGCAUGGCCUUCGAUCUUUAAUAGCUCCGGGGACUUCUUCAGGCCCCCCUGCCACCGCCUGUCUGUGACCACUCACUGCUGGCCAGUCACACCGGCACAUCAGGCCAAGCCGAAUGGGACCUCGUUUUGUGGUCAAACCCCAUCCCGUCAACGUUGGCCGACGUUUUGUUGUUCGGAAACACCCCUGGGAAUGGCAGCACGCUCUCACAGAGAUCACCCUAGCACCCUGGCAUAGACUCAGACGAUACCUAUUCGUAGUGUAUCCGUACUGGCGCUUGUGCUGUUCCUUGCCCGUUGCCAUUUGCUGGGUGUUCGGAUUUCCUGCUUCAAUGGCGACAUAUGUCCCAGCACAAUGCCGCCGCAGCGUCUGGGGUAGGUAUUGAGAUG